GAGGCGGCCCUCGGGCGGGAGCGAGGCCGAACGCGCGCUCGCGGGGCGCGGGAGGCGAAGGAGCGGGCCGGGGCCGAAGGCGAGGGCGCGAUGGUGCGGAGCCUGUGGAGCCCGGGGCGCCGGUGCGAGCAGCCGCCGCCACUGCCGCUGCUGCUGCUGCUGCUGCUGCUGAUCUGCUUUACGUUUGGAAAUGGACUUCACUUAGAGACCUUAAACACACGAAGUGAUAGCAGGCUCCUCCCCAAACACACUCACCUCGUGCGGCAGAAGCGGGCCUGGAUCACUGCCCCAGUGUCUCUUCGGGAGGGAGAGGACCUGUCCAGAAAGAACCCCAUUGCCAAGAUACAUUCUGAUAUUGCGGAAGAAAGGGGAGUAAAAAUUACAUACAAAUACACUGGAGUAGGGAUUACAGAGCCUCCUUUUGGUAUAUUUGUCUUUAACAAAGACACUGGAGAACUGAAUGUUACCAGCAUUCUUGAUCGGGAAGAAACACCAUUUUUUCUGCUAAUGGGCUAUGCUUUGGAUUCAAGAGGAAACAAUCUAGAAAAACCACUAGAACUGCGCAUUAAGGUUCUUGAUAUCAAUGACAAUGAGCCUGUGUUCACGGAGGAAGUCUUUGUUGGGUCUGUUGAAGAAUUGAGUGCAGCACAUACACUUGUGAUGAAAAUCAUUGCAACGGAUGCAGAUGAGCCCAAUACUAUGAAUUCUAAAAUUUCCUACAGAAUUGUAUCUCAGGAGCCUGCAUAUCCUCCAGUGUUCUACCUUAAUAAAGAUACAGGAGAGAUUUAUACAACCAGCAUUGCCUUGGACCGAGAGGAACACAGCAGCUAUUCUUUGACCGUGGAAGCAAAAGAUGACAAUGGACAAAUAACAGACAAACCAGUACACCAAGCUCAAGUUCAGAUUCGCAUUUUGGAUGUCAAUGACAAUAUACCUGUAGUGGAACGUGAAAUGUAUGAAGGGAUGAUUGAAGAAAAUCAAGUCAAUGUAGAAGUUAUGCGCAUAAAAGUGACAGAUGCAGAUGAAUUAGGCUCUGAUAACUGGUUAGCAAAUUUUACAUUUGCGUCAGGAAAUGAAGGGGGUUAUUUCCACAUAGAAACUGAUGCUCAAACUAAUGAAGGGAUUGUGACCCUUGUUAAGGAAGUGGAUUAUGAAACAAUGAAGAAUCUUGACUUCAGUAUUAUUGUCACUAAUAAAGCAGCUUUUCACAAAUCAAUUAGGAAUAAGUAUAAACCUACAGCCAUUCCUAUCAAAGUAAAGGUGAAUAAUGUGAAAGAAGGUAUUCAUUUCAAAAGCAGCACAAUUUCAGUUCGUACUAGUGAAGGAAUGGAUAAGUCAAGCCAAAGCCAAUCAAUUGGAAAAUUUGAAGUUUUUGAUGAAGACACUGGACAGUCACCUCAUGUAAAAUACGUAAAGUUGGAAGAUGGAGACAAUUGGGUCUCUGUGGAUUCGGUCACGUCAGAAAUUAGACUUGUAAAAAUUCCUGAUUUUGAAUCACGCUACGUCCACAAUGGUACAUAUACUGUAAAAGUUUUGGCCGUAUCACAAGAUCAUCCUAGAAAAACCAUCACAGGCACCGUCCUUAUCACAGUUGAAGACAUCAAUGACAACUGUCCUACACUGGUGAACCCUGUGCAGAGCAUCUGUGAAGACCAGCCAUAUGUGAAUGUUACGGCGGAGGACCUUGAUGGACACCCCAACAGUUGGCCUUUCAGCUUCUCCAUCAUUGAUACACCACCCGGAAUGACAGAAAAAUGGAAAAUAAUACGCCAAGAAAGUACCAGUGUGCUGCUACAGCAGGGUGAACGCCAGCUCGGGAGAAGUGAAAUCCCGUUGCUGAUUUCGGACAAUCAGGGCUUCAGCUGCCCAGAGCAGCAGGUCCUCCAGCUGAUGGUCUGCGAGUGCCUGCAGGGCAGUGGCUGUGUGGAGGCGCAGCGUGGCUCCUACGUGGGCCUGGGGCCCGCAGCGGUGGCACUCAUGAUUUUGGCCCUUCUGCUCUUGCUGAUUGUGCCACUUUUGCUGCUGCUGUGUCAUUGUGGAGAGGGCGCCAAAGGCUUCACCCCCAUACCUGGCACUAUAGAGAUGCUGCAUCCUUGGAACAAUGAAGGGGCGCCACCUGAAGACAAGGUGGUGCCGUCGCUCCUGGCCGUGGAUCACGGGGAGAAUCUUGCAGCAAGAAAUGGAGUAGGAGGUGCAAUAACCAAGGAAGCCACCAGGAAAGGAAGUAGCUCUGCUUCCUUUUCCAGAGUGCAGCAUGACUUGACCGAGGCGAACGGGAGAUGGGAAGAACACAGAAGCCUCCUCAGCGGUGCGGCUGCCCAGGCGACGGGAACAGCAGGAGCCCAGCUCGGUGCUGAGACCAUGCGGACCGUGAGAGCCGUGGGGGCUUCCAGAGAUGCAACCGGAGCCCGAGCCGCUUCUGCUGGUGCAGUCAGUGAGGAAUUCUUAAGGGAUUAUUUCUCUGAUAAGGCAGCUUCCUACAGUGAGGAAGAUGACAUUCACGUGGCCAAAGACUGCCUUCUGGUGUACUCUCAGGAAGAAACAGAAUCUCUUCACGGUUCCGUUGGCUGUUGCAGUUUUAUUGAAGGAGAACUAGACGACAGUUUCUUAGAUGAUUUGGGACUUAAAUUCAAGACACUAGCUGAGGUUUGCUUGGGUCAAAAAAUAGAUGUGGAUAUGGAAAUUGAGCAGAGGCCAAAACCUGUCAAAGAAACAAAUUUGACCAGAGCUGCACACUCGCUCUAUGAGCAAACCACGUUUAAUUCAGACAAUACCCACUCCUCUGGCAGCAGCUUUCAAGUUCCCAAACCUUUGCAUGAAACCAAAGCAGAGAAGCUCACUCAGGAAAUAGUCACCGAGAGAUCGGUAUCCUCCAGGCAGGGUCAGAAGGUGGCGCCACCUCUUCCUGAUCCACUGGCUUCUGGUAAUAUCAUAAUGACAGAAACGUCCUAUACCACAGGCUCCGCUAUGCCACCAAGCACUGUGGUCCUGGGUCCCGGACAGCCCCAGAGUCUUGUCGUGACGGAGAGGGUGUAUGCGCCAGCUUCCACCUUGGUAGGUCAGCAGUAUGCUGGGGAGAGUAAUGUCGUGGUGACUGAAAGAGUGAUCCAGCCUAAUGGGGGCGUCCCACAUCCUCUGGGAGGCACCCAGCAUCUGCAGGAUGCACAGUACGUUAUGGUGAGGGAAAGAGAAAGCGUCCUUGCGCCCACCUUGGCCACGCCCAGUGCGGCCGCGGUAGGACAGAAUGUGACAGUGACAGAAAGAGUGCUAACUCCUGCUUCCACUCUGGAAUCCAGUUACCAAAUUGCCACUGAAGCCUCAGGGAAGGCUGGGAGGGCCAUGGUUUCUGGGGCUGGAGUCCCUGGCCCUCUGCCACAUUCUGGUUUGGAAGGAUCUGGCCAUUCAGAUUCUACCAUAACCACGUCCUCCACCAGGGUCACCAAGCACAGUACUGUGCAGCAUUCUUAUGCCUAAGCGGCGGCCAGCCACAGACUCAGUGGCUACAGGCAUAUUUUCCACCUGCCUGGCUCUUCAUGAGCCUCACAGACAUGCAGAAACAUAUGCAUUGAGCUUAAAUUUUUUCUCCGUCACUAAUACUCAAAGGUCCACACCAUCUCUGCUUCUGGGACUGUAUUUUAGAAGCGCUUCAUGAAUCACAGUGGGCCUUGUGAUGAUGCUGUUUCUUAAGUGCCUUUAGUGAGUUAUGCAAACAAUAGUCACAAAACAAAAUAGAGUAAAUCUGGCUCCUGAGAAUUUACCGAGUUACACCACCGUCCAGGAGAGCAAACCGGGAAAACGAUUGGGUCUCUUCGUGAACCCUAUUAAUAUUUUACAUUGAUAUGCUGUAUUCUGUCCAUUACUGCACCUAGCAGAUUGUUGACAACUCAUUUAUCCAAGGAUCCACUACAGUCUGGGAUCCCAGUUUUGUUGUUGGUUUUCUUUUAAUUUGUGUGAAGUGAAUUAUAUUUUUGAAUGCUGGGAUAUUAAGAAAAUCCAAAAAAAUAAAUUAAAAAAAGUUUAUAAAAACAAAAAAAAAGAAAAUCCAAGUUUCUGUCCAUGUGACAUGUACAUGUACAUAAUGUCAUGUGCUCUGAAAAAUGGCAUUUUAUUUUCCUGUCUUCAAUAGUCAUGAAAAUUUUGAACACUUCAAAUUCAAUUGAAUAAUCCAGGACAACAUUUGUAACUAUAAUAUAAUUUUACUCAUAAUAAUAAUAAUAUUCUAGCUAUGUUCUUAGUAGCUGCAGUUUAGUGCAGCUAAAUUAACCAGCCGUAUUCUUCCCUGUGGUAGAAAUAGUGCCUAUUUCACUGCCUUAUAUCCUCUGUGACUCACAUGAGUGCCAAAGAAAUAUUUGUGGAAUUAAACUAAAUUUUAUAAACCAUUAUGUACCAUUGCCAAAAAUAUUAAAACACUAUAUAUUUCUAUAGUUAUGAGUUUCAAAUUAUGAUUUUAUUUUGAUGUCUCAAAGGCUUUAACUAGCUGGUCAUGACUUAGUACAGGAGUAGUGAAUAUCAUAAGGACCUUAAAUAUUUUACCUGAUUUUGCUUAGUGCCCUUGCCUUGUUUGUUAAAGAAGUUAUAUAGCUGGGCAUGGUGGCACAUGCCUGUAAUACCAGCACUCAGGAGGCUGAGGCAGGAGGAUCGCUGUGAGAUCAGCCUGGGAUACAUAGUGAGUUUAAGGCCAGCCUGAACUACAUAGUGAGACCCUGUCUCAAAAAAACAAAAAAAUUAAAAAGUUAUGUAGGUUGUUUGGCUCCUAAAUAAGAUUGUAUUUUAUUACUCCCAGAAACAGAAAUGUUUCAAAAUAUAUAUGGAUAUUAGUAAUUAAUAGAAAUAUUUCCAACCACAAAAUAAUGUUCAUAAUUUUUGAAUACUGUCUAAUUUCUUGAUUUUUGAGAUAUUUGCUAAGGAAUUGAAACUUUAAAGUUAUACUUUGGUAGAUCUUUAAAAAUAUUGUUUACUUGAAUUGUGUUAUAAAAGGACUUAGCACUGUUCACUCACUGUAAGGGCAAAUAUUUUUAGACAUUGUAAGCUGUGGUAAGAUGAAGGUCACUCUUCUUCCAUGAUCUGGAAUUGUUUAUGCUCUAUUUAGUGAUUUUCGUGAGGUUUUUUUUUUUUAGUUGUAGUCUGACAUAUUUUGCCAAGUCUGCAACAGGAGUACCUAUCUCCACAGUGUGCAAGGGUAAAUAUGACCUGUGUUCUCAGAGGAAACGAAACAUGGUCUCAGCUUCCUCCUUGGGCGGGCUUAAAACCCUAACCUGUUUCUCGUGUGUUCUAAAUGAUUUGUUUGUUUGUUUCUGAAAAGGUGACUUGCAUUGGUUUUUACAUUUGUUCCUUGGGAGAUUAUAUUUGUAUAUUUAAAUAAAAGGCUACCUUUGGAGCAA